AUGGGGCCGCUGCCGGUGCUGCCGCGGUCGYCCCGGCGCAGGGGGCCCGGGCUGGGGACCCUCCUGGGGGCCGUCCUCCUCGGUGGGGUCCUGCUAGCGGCUCACGCCGAACCCGACCCCCACCGGGACGGGGCCGAGCCGUGCCGAGCCUGCCGCGGCCUCGCCGACAGCUUCAGCAGGGGCCUGGAGCGGACAGAGCAUGAGGGCUUCGGUGGAGGUAACACAGCCUGGGAGGAGGAGAAGCUGUCCAAGUACCAGCACAGCGAGACCCGUCUGCUGGAGGUGCUGGAGGGUGUCUGUGCCCCCUCGGAUUUCACCUGCCACCAGCUGCUGGAGCGGAGUGAGGAGCAUGUGGAGCAGUGGUGGUUCCAUGAGCGGCAGCAGCAMCCCGACUUCUUCCAAUGGCUGUGCGUGGACAGGCUGAUGCUCUGCUGCCCGCCSGGUACCUAUGGCCCAGACUGCCGGCCCUGUGCCGGUGGGCCCCAGCAGCCCUGCAGUGGCAAUGGGCGAUGCGAUGGUGAUGGCACGCGCCGCGGCACCGGCCUCUGCGUCUGCAGCCCAGGCUACGGCGGCCCCUUCUGCGCCGAGUGUGGUGAUGGCUACUAUGAGGCCUCACGGAACAAGAGCCAUCUCGUGUGUGCUGAGUGCUACCAGGCAUGCGGGCGCUGCACGGGGCCUGAGGACUCCAGCUGCCUUCGCUGCAAGAGGGGCUGGGUGCUGCACGAGCACCGCUGCAUUGACAUCGAUGAGUGUGGCACGGAGAUGGCACAUUGCCGCGCCAACCAGUACUGCGUCAACACAGAGGGCUCCUAUGAGUGCCGAGAUUGCUCCACGGCUUGCAUCGGCUGCAUGGGYGCUGGGCCGGCUCGCUGCAAGAAAUGCAACAAGGGCUACUGGCGGGACGGAGCCAAGUGCCUGGACGUGGACGAGUGUGCCAGUGCUGAGGAGCCAGUGUGCACAGGAGUGCAGGAGGUGUGUGAGAACACAGAGGGCAGCUACCGCUGCGUCUGCGCCCGAGGCCAUGUCCGCCGAGACGGGCAGUGCGUUGAGGACAAGCCCCCUGAUGCCCCAGAGAAGGGCUUCUUUGACGACGUGACCGAUGAUGAGGUGGUGGUGCUACAGCAGAUGUUCUUUGGUGUGAUGAUCUGUGCCCUCGCCACGCUGGCUGCCAAGGGUGACAUGGUCUUCACCGCCAUCUUCAUCGGUGCCGUGGCUGCCAUGGCCGGCUACUGGCUCUCUGACCGCAGUGACCGUGUCCUUGAUGGCUUCAUGAAGGGCAGAUAGCUCUGGGGCUGCUGGGUGCAAGUGGAGGGGCAGGCUCAGCUUGGGGUGCGGGGCCCCCCCAAGCAGGGCUGGCUGCCGAGGCCGCAUCCUGCACACGAUGCUGUGCCCUGCAUGYGUCCCCCAGCACCCCCCUUAGCAUAGGGUCUCGUUUUUCCUGUCCCUGCAGAAUGAGCCAGGACUACCUGAUCCCGGGGGCUCCCACACAGUCCCCUGUGGCUGGAGGGGUGAUGCCAGGCAGUGCAGCACCGUGUGGGGGGCACAGCAUGCUGCCCUCAGCUCCUUGUGCUCUGGAGGAGAGGCCUGGCAUCGUGACAGGUGAGGGGGUGGCAGGGCAAGUGAGGGGGUGAUCCAGUUAUCUGCUCCCAAGCUGGGGCUCCUGGCCCUGUAGGACUCCCCUCCCAUGAGGCUGUUCCCUGUGGGGAAGUGGGGGGCUGGGUCCCCUCAUGCCCUGAGCUGUGGGGCUGGGAGAGCUGCCCCCCCAUCCCACCCCUCCUCCCCACAUCCCUGGGCAGAGCCCAUCUCCCCUCCCAGGCUGGGGGUCGGGGUUCCCUUGCCAUUGGCAGGGUGCCGUACCGGCAGGGGGGCCCUGCUGGAUGCAUGAGUGUGGCUGUUGCAUUUGUCUGUGGUUUGUCCGUCGGGGUGUGCCCAUCUGUCCGUGUGUCCAUAUCUCAGGAAAUAAAACUCUGCACACCCAGCUCGGCUGCUCAGGGCAGGAAUUGGUGGGGAUUGGGGCUG